AUGUCGACUGGAAAAAAACACGCGCGAAACGAGGGCGAGGACGGGAGCGCCCGACUUGCGAAGAAAGUAAAGACCGAUGACCACGCCAGCACCGCAGCCGACAGCGACCCUUCCGCAUUGAAAGUCGAGAAGAAGAAAAGGAAGCAAAAGAAAGAAAAGAAACACAAGAAAGAUAAGAAGGAAAAGAAACAGGCACUAGAAAAUGACGGAGACCCCGAGCGACAGGAGGGUGAAGUUGAUGCCACGGCAGAAUCAAAGGCUCAGCCUGUGAAGGAGAAGACGAAGAAAGAGAAAAAGAAGAAAGAGAAGAAACCGAACACCGAUACCUUGGAGAAGUCGACCCCGCUUCCACAUAACGAGACUGACACGUCGAAUGGCACAUCGGCGGUCGCAACUGGCACCAUCCAUCGCAACGGCGCAUCCUAUUCCUACCACCAGACCCGGACGCUCGAGGCUGUUCCACAAGAGCAGGUCGAUAACUUUCUCAAGAAGCAAGAGAUCGCUGUCCUGGACCCGACUGGCGCCAAACUCCGCCCGAUUCUUCAAUUUUCGCAGCUUCCAUCCUCCAACUUGCUUUCCAAGAACCCCUUCGCGACGUUUACCGCGCCUACGCCAAUCCAAGCGGCAUCUUGGCCCUUCGCGCUGUCCGGUCGCGAUGUGAUUGGUAUUGCGGAGACGGGGUCGGGAAAGACGAUGGCGUUUUCUCUACCCUGCAUUGAGGCACUAGCCUCCAGCCCCAAAACGAAGCAUUCCAAGGGCGACCGGACCGCCUACGCGCGUGCCGUCGUAGUGUCCCCAACGCGGGAGCUGGCGAUGCAAACGCAUGCCGCUAUGUCGUCGCUUGCGUCGCUUGUCGGCCUUUCCGCGGUGUGCUUGUAUGGCGGCGCGUCCAAGGACGACCAACGUGCGCUGCUGCGCAAGAACAGUGGGGCGGAUAUCAUUGUCGCGACGCCGGGGCGGCUGAAGGACUUCCUCUCCGAGGGUUGCGUAUCGCUUUCCGAUGUCAUGUUCGCCGUUCUUGAUGAGGCUGACCGUAUGCUGGACAAGGGCUUCGAGGAGGACAUCAAGCUCAUUCUCGGCGGCUGCCCGCCGCGCGAGAAGCGUCAAACUCUCAUGUUUACGGCUACUUGGCCCACGAACGUCCGCGGUCUCGCCGAGGGGUUCAUGGUUGAGCCUGUGAAGGUCACAAUUGGGAACCGCACACGUGCCGGCGAGGAUGGUGAGGGCAAUGGGUCUACUGAACUGCAGGCCAACACCCGCAUCGAGCAGAAGGUUGAGGUGGUUGACCCGCGCGGCAAGGAGCAGCGCCUGCUCGAGUUGCUCAGGGAUGCGCAAAAGGGUAGUGCCAAGAACGACAGGAUACUGGUUUUCUGCUUGUACAAGAAAGAGGCCGUCCGUGUGGAGCAAUUUCUGGAAAGGAGAGGGGUCCGCGUGGCCAGCAUCCACGGCGACUUGCGACAAGAUCAACGGACCCAUAGUCUUGAGGCGUUCAAAUCGGGCUCGACCACCGUCCUCGUCGCCACUGAUGUGGCUGCUCGUGGACUGGAUAUUCCCGAGGUGAAGCUCGUCAUCAAUGUCACGUUCCCGUUGACCAUCGAGGAUUACGUCCAUCGUAUUGGACGGACUGGGCGCGCCGGUAAGACGGGCAAAGCCAUCACAUUGUUUACUGAGCAUGAUAAGGCCCACUCAGGAUCGUUGGUCAACAUCCUGAGAGGCGCCAACCAACCCGUCCCGGAAGAACUCUUGAAGUUCGGCACGACUGUCAAGAAGAAGGCGCACGACUCUUAUGGUGCUUUCUUCAAGGAUGUGGACCUGAGCAAGAAGGGCACGAAGAUCACUUUCGACUAG